CGCGUGCUGAGCCGGGCCGCAGCCGUGUCCCACAGCGGGGCUGCCAUCCCUCUAGGGUGGUGCUGCCGCCGGAGCGUGGGGGACCGGCACCAGAGGCUCGCGUCCGCAGCCGGCCUGCGCGGGGGGAAGGCCCUGGCCCUGAGUAGAACGUGUGCCACUGUCACGAUGCCUGAGGUAAGCACAGACCACCUGGAUGAGCAGCAGGUGCAGCUCCUGGCAGAGAUGUGCAUCCUGAUUGAUGAAAAUGAUAAUAAGAUUGGAGCAGAUACCAAGAAGAACUGCCACUUGAAUGAGAACAUUGAUAAAGGUUUACUGCACCGAGCUUUCAGUGUUUUCUUAUUUAAUACAGAAAAUAAACUGUUACUGCAGCAGAGGUCAAGUGCAAAAAUUACAUUUCCAGAUUGCUUUACCAACACCUGUUGCAGUCACCCUCUAAGCCAUCCACUGGAACUGGAAGAAAAUAAUGCCAUUGGUGUUCGGAGAGCAGCACAGAGACGACUGAAAGCAGAGUUAGGAAUUCCCAUGGAGCAGGUGACUCCAGAAGAAAUCCAGUACCUGACACGAAUUCACUACAAGGCCAAGUCCGAUGGGAUCUGGGGAGAACAUGAGAUAGACUAUAUCUUAUUUGUACAGAAGGAUGUAACGCUGAAUCCCGACCCUAAUGAGAUCCAAAGCCACUGCUACGUGACACAGAAGGAACUGAAACAGCUCUUGGACAAAGCUUCCAGGGAUGAAGUUAAGAUUACUCCGUGGUUUAAACUCAUUGCAGAGACCUUUCUUUUUAAGUGGUGGGAUAACUUGCAUAACUUGAACAAAUUCAUUGAUCACGAGAAAAUACACCGAAUGUAAAUAACUGGGGGAAAAGAUGCUGAAGGCUGGCAGUGAUAUGCUGUCUUAUUGACAUGAUGGUAGCUCAUGAUUCAGUUACUGACUGCAGAAAACUUGGAGCAUGUUUAGUAAUGUGUUCUCAUACGGAGAUGGUUAUAGCCAAUGAAUUUUUUUUUUCCUGUCUUCACCUUUUGUUCCCCAGCCCUGUUUCUCUUGGGAGAAUUACCCUUGAU